AUGUCUGCAAAAGUGAAUCAAAUUACGCCGGCAGUAAACGGUUUGAGGCUGUCGAAAACAACUAACUGGCGAUCUAAUGGAGUCUCACCGAAAGCGGAGAGUGCUGACUCCAAAGAUGGGAACAUGGAUGUGGAGAAUCAGAAAUCAAAGAAUCCAGAAACGAGAGACGAUACUAGCGAAAUGAAAGACAACUUAUCUAGAACGAGGAAAAUAGUUAUCGGUGCCGUGUCAGCUUUUGUCAUUGCUACCUUAAUUGUGGGCUUAGGCGUGGGACUCGGCACAAAAAAUGGCAACGCUACAAGUGGAAAUGCAACAUGCCCUUGCGAUCAAAUAUGCACUGUUCACACGGACGGCUACAUUUGCUCAUGUGGGGACGGUUACGUCUUGGAUGCAGACGGGGUAGCUUGCACAGACGAGUCCAGUGAGAAUCAAAACUGUCCCUGUGAUCACAUAUGUAACUGGAAUGGAAACGAAAACACGUGUUCGUGUAACGACGGCUUCUUAUUGGACGCCGACGGAACGAGCUGCUAUGAAGUGAGUACGAUUGAGAGUAAAUACUGUCCCUGUGAUCAGGUAUGUGAUUGGAAUGGCGAUAACUACACGUGUUCCUGUGAGAAUGGUUACGGCUUCGACACUGAUGGCGAAACCUGUAUUGAUUGUCCGUGCCUACAACUGUGUGAUAGAACCGAUGGCGGUGACUGGGUGUGUUCAUGUCGCAGUGGAUUUCAAGAGUCUGGCCAAAAUUGCGUUGAUAUUGACGAAUGUGAAACUGACAACGGUGGCUGUGAACAACAUUGCACUAACACAGAAGGGUCAUAUUAUUGUUAUUGUCAAGAAGGCAUGAUUGUCCAGGAAGACGGUUUAUCGUGUAACUAUGACUACGACGAGGUACUGAGAAAGUCGUUGUUAUUUUACGAAGCCCAGCGUUCCGGUGUGCUACCGGCCAACAACCGCGUUCCAUGGAGAGGGGACAGCGCCGUCGACGACGCAACGCCGAAUGGCGAAGACUUGAGCGGUGGCUACUACGACGCCGGUGAUAAUUUAAAACUCGGUUUACCCAUGGCGUAUAGCGCCACUGUGCUUGCAUGGGGUUUCAUCGACUUCGAGGAUGCGUACGAGGCAGCGGGUGAAGUUGAUAACAUGCUGGCCUGUCUGAAAUGGUUCUCAGAUUAUUUUAUCAAAUGUCACACACAAGAACACGAGUUGUAUGCACAUGUUGGAUCAGUUGAUGCUGACCACGGAUCAUGGGUGCGCCCGGAGGACAUGACAAUGGAGAGGCCUGCAUAUAAGGUAGACGAAGAAAACCCAGGGUCCGACGUGGCGGGUGGAACCGCAGCGGCCAUGGCGGCUAUUGCUUUUGUUUUUAAGGACAGAGAUGCAAGUUAUUCGGCGACACUAAUUGCACAUGCCAGAGAGCUUUUUACCUUUGCGAAUGACUUCAGAGGGUUGUAUUCUACUAGUAUACCGGAUGCUGCCAAAGUCUACGAAUCAGGCGGUUUCACUGAUGAGAUCAUCUGGGCAGCGUGCUGGUUGUAUAAAGCCACAGGAGAGUCACACUACCUCGACACGGCGAUAUCCUUAUACAAUAGUGAACCCUUGGGGAAACCUUACUCAUUCGGCUGGAACACAGUCACUGCCGGUUACAGAAUAAUGCUAAUGAAAUUGACAGGGGACAAUGGAGAGUACAAAGUUGGCGUGACUACUAAAUUCCUGUCUGAUUGGUUGCCAGGUGGUACUUUGCCAUACACACCAAACGGCAUGGUAUUUCGUGAUGGAUGGGGCGCACUUCGAUAUUCAACGGCGGCAGCUUUUAUCGCACUGGCAGCAGCCGAGCUUGGAGUAAAAGCUCCAACCUACAGAGACUGGGCGAAGGGACAGCUUCAUUAUGCAUUGGGCGACACUGGAAGAAGCUUCGUGGUAGGAUUCGGUGUAAAUCCACCAGUCAGACCUCACCACAGAGGAGGUUCCUGUCCGGACACCGUGGAUGCGUGUACUGUUAUAUACUUGAGGUCUGCAGAUCCAAAUCCCCACAUUUUGUACGGUGCAUUGGUUGGCGGUCCGGACGAGACAGACAGCUACACCGAUGACAGACAGGAUUACUUUAAAAAUGAAGUGACACUGGAUUACAACGCCGCGUUUCAGUCAGCAGUGGCAGGGUUACGUCAUCUACAGCUGAUCGGGGUUAUGUAA